AACAUCCCAUUCACUUACGAGGACACUUCCUCGUCAAUAAGUGUGGAGUGCCUGGUGGCUAAUGGGAACCUUCCUCUUCAUAUAUAUGUCCCUCUCAGAAACUGCAUAUAAUUGUCCUUGGCCUUGCAUAUGCUUGCCCUGCAUCCAUUCAUUGCAAUAACCAAGAAGCAGAGAGUUUCUCUAGAUGGAUGCUUUCCGAGAUUCUUCUUCCUCCUCUUACCGGUGUUCCUAUCAUGCCUUCUUGAGUUUCAGAGGCCCAGACACGCGCAAGGGCUUUACUGAUCACCUCUAUAUAGCCUUGGAGCAAGCAGGAAUCCACACGUUUAGAGACGAUGAUGAAAUCGAGAGAGGGGAGAAUAUUGAGUUGGAGUUAGACAAGGCGAUACAGGAGUCACAAGUAUCGAUAAUUGUCUUCUCCAAGGGCUACGCUUCCUCAAGGUGGUGUUUGAACGAACUUGUGAAGAUCGUGGAACGUAGAAAUACUGAUCGUAGACAUGUGGUUCUGCCAGUUUUCUAUGAUGUGGAUCCAUCCGAUGUCAGGAAGCAGAGUGGUUCUUUUGCUGAAGCAUUUGCCAGACAUGAGGAGCGAUUCAGUACGGAGGAGAUGGACAAGGUAGAGCAGUGGAGAAGAGCUCUUAGAGAUGUUGCAUCUUUGGGAGGAAUGGUUUUAGGAGAUCGGCAUGAGGGGCAGUUCAUCCGAGAAAUUGUUGAAAAGAUUAGAAAUAAAAUGGGUCACGCAGCUUUACACGUCACUCCCUUUGCAGUUGGAAUGGAUAAUCGUGUGAGACGCCUAAACAUGUGGUUACAAGAUGGAUCAAAUGAUGUUGGUUUAGCUGUCAUCUGUGGGAUGGGUGGAAUUGGCAAGAGCACCAUCGCGAAAGCCGCUUAUAACCGCAACUUUGAAAGAUUUCAAGGUAGCAGCUUUCUUGCAGGUAUACGAGAAUCUUCAGAACAAUCCAAUGGUGUUGCUCGCUUGCAAAGAAAACUUCUUUCAGAUAUCCAAAAGGGGAAAGCAAAGAAAGUAUACAAUAUGGAUGAAGGAACAAUCAGGAUCAAACAAGCCGUAGGCAAUAAAAAAGUUCUUAUUGUUCUUGAUGAUGUGAGCAACCGGGAUCAACUCAAUGCAAUUCUUGGAAUGCGAGAGUGGCUUCAUCCAGGAAGUAAAAUUAUCAUAACAACUAGACAUGAGCAUUUGUUAAAUGCUCAUGAAGUUUUUGAAAAGUUUAUGGUUCAAGAACUGGAUGAGGAUGAAUCACUUGAGCUUUUCAGUUGGCAUGCCUUCGGACAAUCCCAUCCAGUAGAAGGUUACAUGGAGCUUUCAAGACAUGUGGUGCAGCACUGUGGAGGGCUUCCAUUAGCUCUUCAAGUUCUGGGAUCUUCUCUAUCUGGAAAAAGUGUAGAAGUGUGGAAAAGUGCAUUGAAGAAGUUAGACCUGAUCCCUAAUGACAAAAUUCAAAAAGUUCUGAGGAUAAGUUUUGAUUCUUUACAAGAUGAUCAUGACAAAAAUUUAUUCCUUCAUAUAGCCAGUUUCUUCACAGGAAAGUCAAUGGAUUAUACAAGUGCAAUGUUGGACAGCUUAGAGUUUUGCACAAGGAUUGGGAUUGAAAAUCUAGUUGACAGAUACCUAGUGGAAAUUCAAGGGUCGAAGUUGGUCAUGCAUCAAUUGGUGAGAAACAUGGCAAUGGCAAUUAUUCGCGAAGAAUCACCUGAUGAUCCUGGAAAACGUAGUAGAGUGUUACAGAAUGAUGCUUCUAAUAUUUUGAGAAAAUUAAGUGGCACGGAAAAUAUUAAGGGCCUCAUGCUCAACCUUGCUAGCAAAAGAACGUUUGUUGGAAGUGAUAAAAAACAAUGCCAUGUUGAAGAUUAUGAUAGAAAUUGUUCAAGACAACGUUGGCUUGGUUUCUUGUCUUGGAAGCCAAUUAGCUUUUCCUCCACAAACUCAGCUUCUGCAUCAAAUGAGAUAGAUUUCAAAUCUGAGGCGUUUAGAAGGAUGCACAAUCUUGAAAUUCUCAUUCUCAACAACGUCAACGUCGAGGGAAGCUACGAAGAAUUUUCAAAAAGUUUAAUAUGUUUAUCUUGGAGAGGAUUCCACUUAAAAUCAAUACCAGAAAAUUUUUAUUUGGAAAACCUGGUUGUUCUUGACAUGCGAAAUAGUAGCCUACAACAUGUUUGGAAUGGGAUCAGGUUUCUUCCGAGGCUGAAAAUUCUUAAUCUCAGUCAUUCGCAUGGCCUUAGGACAACCUCCGACUUCUCAGGACUCCCUAACCUUGAGAGAUUGAUUCUUAAAGAUUGCAUAAAUUUGGUUGAGGUUGAUGAGUCCAUCGGAUACCUAGAGAAACUUGUUGUUUUGAAUCUAGAAGGCUGCAAAAAUCUCAUGAAGCUUCCAAAAUUGAGAUCUAUUCAGGAUCUUAUUCUUUCUGGUUGCUCAAAGCUUGUGCUUGGUGCCAAUACGACUGCCACAACUGGUCACUUACAAUCUACAGCUUGUGAAAUGAAGAAACUCAAUCUGCUAUCAGCUAAAUCAUGGUAUUCAAUCUGGUCGCAGGUGUCGCCAAGAAAAAAUAUUGAACCAAGCAGUUUCUCAUUGGCAAGUUUACCACAUUCCUUGACAAGUUUACGUCUGGAUAGCUGCAAUCUAUCAGAGAUUCCGAGUGCCCUUACUAUGCUGUCUUCGUUAGAGUACUUGGAUCUGUAUAACAAUCCAAUUACAAGCCUACCAGAGAGCAUGAACAAUCUUGUUAGGCUUCACACUCUUGCAGUAGAAGGUUGCAGAAACCUCACAAUGCUUCCAGAGCUCCCACAUAGUUUGAAACAAUUGAAUGGUAGAGGUUGCACAUCAUUGAAAAGAAUAACAAAUUUACCGAACUUGCACAUAUCACCUACCGUAUAUCCCUUCGGCAUGCAAAAGGACUUAGAUUUAAUGCAUUACAAUAUAGUAUUGGACUCAAAUUUAUGGUAUUGUGGGAAACUAGUUGAUGUUGCAAGCUUGUUCAAUACACUACCAUUGAGCAGCUUUGACAUAAAACUCCUCAAAGAUAUGGAUCUAUUCGAUUUGAAACCCAACGGUGGCGUAGAGGUCCAAAGGAACAACGAUUGUGCAAGUUUUAGCAAGCCAAGGCGCUCCAAGGGAACUUUUGAAUGCGGCAUAAUUAGCAUUUUUGUGCACGAGAGCAAGAUUCCAGAUCGGUUCAAUUACAGGUGGAUGCCUCCAGAUCGGUUCGAUUACAGGAGCAUGGGUAACACUGUGUUCUCUAUUAUUGUUCCUUCACAGCCUAAUAUCAAGAUCGUAGGUUUAAAUGCAUGUAUACUGUAUGCCCGGCAAUCGGAUCGAAGCCCUGUGAUUCCAUUUGGGAUUCCAUUUGGAAACUCUCAUGCCCAUUCGCUUGAACUUAGGAAUGAGACAAAGGGCCUUAAGUGGAACUUAAGAAUGUCGACUGGGGUUGAAUGGAAAGUGAUGAACGAAGAUAUGUUAUGGCUAAGCCAUUGGAUUAUGGGGAACAAUGAAUUGGAGUGCGGGGAAAAAGUGUAUUUUAGACUAACCGAAGAUCAUGACGAUUUAUUCACAAAGGGGAUUGGAGUCCAGUUUGGGUACGAGCAGCAAAAUAAGGAUAAGGAGGAUGUCCCAUCAAGUAGUGAAGAUCCAAUGAUCCUACCUGACAGAUCGCCUUGGGACGGCGGUCACGCUUCCAGCUGGGUAACGGAUUCAUGUCAGAGAUUUAUCGGGCCGAAAUGGAUCGAGAACCUUAAGAAGGAAUCUAUUUCAACUGUCGUGUGCGCGGCUAAUUACUCUCUCUGUAACCAUGAAGUGAUCGACCUUGAGAACGAGUCCCGCAUGACGCCAUGGUAACGAGUGCUCUAAACUAUUACCCAGGUUAAUUCAAAUUGAUGGUGAUGAUGCACAAAUCACUAAAUUCAAAUGUGUAUUGGUUGUUAAGCUUCGUUUCUAUCCAUUUUCAAUUUUCCCUAAAAAAUUGUUUUCAAUAAAACCUGUUUUGAAGAAAAAUAAAGUUUCAGAGCCCAACUAGAAAAUAAGCCCACGAGUUGUGGUGUGAACUAACUGUUUCAGGCGUAACUGCAUGAAUAAGACACAUUUCACACGUAACUGAAUAAAUAAGACACAAAGUGCAAGAAGUAAAGCUCAUAUUUAGCAGUGUUAUUUUAACAACAAUUGUUCAAGUGGUGGAUUGCCCCGGUGGGUAGGGCAUUUCUCUUAGUCCUACUGCAUUCCGGGUUCAAAGUUCCAACCAUCCCCCGUACCAGUUUAAGCACACCAAAGACCAAAUUUAGCA